UUAUCUUCUCCAUUUUGUUAUAACCCUAGCGUGCUCGCUCUGAACAACUCUCAUUUCUCUUCCACCCACACACUCGUUUCCUCCAUCUCUCACAUUCAUCAUCAUCUCUCAACUUAACCCUAAUCCAGAUUCACCUCUCUCACCGAUUUCAAUUCUCACUCUGUUCGUUCCUUCCUCCAUUCCCAGAUCUCGAAUUGCCGCUUUCAUUUCUGGUUUUUUUGAGGUAACCAUGGUUGGGGGUGGAAGCAGGAGGGACGAGGGUUCGUUGGUGUUGAACAACACCAACGUGUUCGCUGCGCUCGAUACUUUGAAGAAGAAGAAGAAGUCUGAUAAGGACCGCAAGACCAAGGGCUCAUCGAAUUCCAAAACUUCGUCGUCGUCGGCGCAAUCGGAACCGCAGAUGUUUUGGGCUCCGGCGCCGUUGAAUGCAACCUCCUGGGCUGAUGUCGAUGACGAUGAUGACUACUAUGCCACCACUGCACCGCCGCAGUCUGUGUGGGGCGUUUCGGAACCUCAUCACAGUAAGGACAAACCGGAAAAUUUUGAGGAAAGUGAGAGUGAGGAAGAUAUGUUCGAUGAAGGGGAUGAUGAUGUGGAGGAAGAGCAUGAUCAUGAACCGGAGGACUCUGUGAAACCUGAACCUGAGGUUAAGAAGCAUGCUGAAGUUUCUGCCCCUCCUCCUCUGCCUCCAAAGGAAACAGAACGGCAGCUCUCCAAAAAGGAGAGGAAGAAGAAGGAGCUUGCUGAACUUGAGGCUCUUCUAGCUGAUUUUGGAGUUGCACCGAAAGAAAGUACUGAUGGUCAAGAUGAGACGCAAGGUGCACCUCAGGAUAAGAAAGGUGAUGAAGCUGAUGGAGAUGGAGAAAAGAAAGAAACUACUGCUGCUGGGGGGUCCAAGAAUGCUAAGAAGAAGAAGAAGAAGGAUAAAGCUUCCAAGGAGGUCAAAGAAUCUCAAGAUCAACCCAACAGCUCAGACACCAACAAUGGGCCUGAUUUGGCUGAAAACCCGGAGGAGGAUGCAUCUACUGUGGAUGUGAAAGAGCGUCUUAAGAAGGUUGCUUCAUUGAAGAAGAAGAAGUCCAGCAAAGAAAUGGAUGCUGCUGCCAAAGCUGCUGCCCAAGAGGCCGCGGCAAGGCAUGCAAAGCUUGCUGCAGCAAAGAAAAAGGAGAAGAACCAUUACAACCAGCAACCUGUGCGGUAAAAAGAAACCCUGCUUUUUAACAUCAAUACAGGAAUUUGUAUUUCUUGUUCAUAUGAUGAUGCCGAAUAAACAAGUGGGCUUUAGGCUCUGGUUACUCUAGUCGUAUUCAAGUGGACGCGAAAAAUUUUCUUCUAGCUUUUUUGGACAAAUAGUGUUGUUCAGUUGUCUUGGACUUACCAUUUUGGACAGAAAAUUUUAUCUCUAAUAGUUACCUGAACUACAUAUUUGUGGCUGAACAAUUAGUUCUUACUGAGAUAAGUUAAAGUUUAUUCUGAAAA